AUGGACGAUACCUGUCAGUGUAUGUGGAUUGAUCGUGUUGAACAUGCAUCAUUAGAUGGUUUAAAUCAAGAAGUUAUUUUAACGGUUGUCUAUCCAUUUGAAAUAACCGUUCAUGAACAUAAUAUUUAUUGGACUGAUUGGACUCUUCAUUGUAAUGAUGCUAGUGAUGAAAAUCAUACAUUUCAAUCAUGUGUGUAUCCUCAAUGUUCCGACGAAAAAUUUACGUGUAAUAAUUUUCAUUUUAUUGAGAAUUUUAAACGUUGUAAUGGAUAUAAUGAUUGUAAUGUAACUGAUGAAAUUAGUUGUCCACCUCGUAUUUGUAAUGGAACAGAUAAUGGUAAUUAUAGUGAUGAAAGUCCAAUAUUUUGUUAA